GCGCUUGAGGCGGAACCUGAGGAACGGGAGGGGCGGGCCCGAGGUCCGGAAGCGGACGGAAUACCGGGCCCAUCCGCCUGCAGGCCAUGGACGAAGCGGACCGGCGGCUCCUUCGGCGGUGCCGGGUGCGCCUGGUGGGCGAGCUGCAGGUGGCCUCGCUCUGGGACGCCUUGCUGAAUCGCGAGCUCUUCACGCCCGACAUGAUCGAGGACAUCCAGCAUGCAGGCUCCGGGUCCCGGCGGGACCAAGCCAGGCAGCUGGUUACAGAUCUGGAGACCCGAGGGAAGCAGGCCCUUCCCCUGUUCAUCUCCUGCUUAGAGGACACGGGCCAGGACACACUGGCCUUGUUCCUGCGAACGAGUCGGCAAGCAGUGUCAAGGGACCCUGAGGCCCUGGUGCCGGUGGUCCUGGGACCGACUGGGAGCAAAACAGAGGAACCAAGAGUGACAAAGCGGGAUCUGUGGCAGCCAGCCCAAGGAGAGCUCACCCCCAUGGUGCUGGGACCUGAGGAGCUCACACCAGCCCAGCGUAGGCCAGAGGUUCUCAGACCAGAACUACCCAGGCCAGUGGACAUUGGUUCUGGAGGAUUCCGUGAUGUCUGUGCUCAGGAGAGGUUGCGGGGAAACACGGAUUUGGCGUAUGUUAUGGAUGCAGACCCAUGUGGCUACUGUCUCAUUGUCAACAAUGUGAACUUCUGUCCUGCCUCGAGGCUCAGCCUACGCACUGGCUCCAAUGUGGACUGUGAGAAGCUGCAGCACCGCUUCCGCCAGCUGCACUUUUCUGUGGAGGUUAAGUGUGACUUGUCUGCCAAGCAAAUGGUCCAGGCCUUGACAGAGCUAGCGCAGCGGGACCAUCGUGCUCUGGACUGCUGUGUGGUGGUCAUCCUGUCUCAUGGCUGUCAGGCCAGCCACCUGCAGUUCCCGGGUGCCAUUUAUGGCACAGAUGGAUGUUCUGUGUCUGUGGAGAGGAUUGUGAACAUCUUUAAUGGGACCCACUGCCCUGGCCUGGGCGGGAAGCCCAAGCUCUUCUUCAUCCAGGCCUGCGGUGGGGAGCAGAGGGACCAUGGUUUUGAGGUGACCCUCAGUUCCCCCGAAGACAGGGGGUCCAGCAGCGACCCUGAGCCCGACGCUGCCCCUUUCCAGGAGGGCGCAAGGUCCUCUGACCAGCUGGAUGCCAUGUCAAGUUUGCCCACCCCCAGCGACAUCCUCGUGUCUUACUCCACCUUCCCAGGUUUCGUCUCCUGGAGGGACGUCAAGAGCGGCUCUUGGUACAUCGAGACUCUGGAUGGCGUCCUGGAACAGUGGGCUCACUCUGAAGACCUGCAGUCCCUCCUGCUGAGGGUUGCAAAUGCCGUUGCAGAGAGAGGGGUUUACAAUAAACAGAUUCCUGGUUGUUUCAAUUUCCUCCGGAAAAAGCUUUUCUUUAAAACUUAAGGCUGGGCCCACUCCUCCUGCCUUGUUGGUCACCCCUAUAACCUUCCUGCUCCGGGAGGUUGAGUCGUCUACUUCACUGGAUGCUAAGGAUCUUGUAGCUUGUGGGGUCCGCUCGCUCCCUUCUGGAUGUGGAUGUGCCUUGAGCUUCCCAGCUGGGGACAGAGGUGCAGAACGCCACCGUGGAAGACCCGUGCACACUCCCUUCCAGCUUAGGAGCCGUGGGUCUGCAGAGAUCUUUGCCUGCUGACAAACCAGCAACUGUGCUAGAGUCCUAAACAACUGGGAUUCCCAACGAAGGUGGUUAACUUCCC